AUGGCUACGGUGUUGCACUCUGAGUCGAGGCGCCUAUACUCCUGGUGGUGGGACAGUCACAUCCCCAAAAACUCUAAAUGGAUUCAGCAGAAUCUUGCAGAAUUCUACAGAGCUUAUCGUGCGUUAGCAGAGAGGUACGAUCAUGCGACUGUGGAGCUUCGCCACGCGCACAAAACCAUGGCCGAGGCGUUUCCUAACCAAGUCCCCUUCGACAUGAUUGAAGAUUCUGCUUCUUCCUCCUGUUCUGACCCGCGUACGCCCGAGAAAACGCCACCUGGGAACCGGCCGUUUUAUGACUCCGAGGACAUGAGUGCCACGAGUAGAAGAGGGUUGAGUCAGCUUACUGAGUACGUUGGAAAUUACGAAACAGAAGUUGAGAGUUUGAAAAGAACGUUGGUUGAGCUUGGAGCUGAGAAGGAAGCCUUGAAUCUUCAGUAUCAGCUUAGCUUGAACAAACUAUCCGGACUAGAAGAAGACCUUAAGGAUGCUCAAAAGGAUGUUAAAGGGCUUGAUGAACGCGCUAGCAAAGCUGAGAUUGAGAGCAAGAUACUCGCAGAAGCACUUUCAAAGCUUGAAGCCGAGAGAGAUGCUGCGCUUCUUCGGUAUAAUCGAGCAAUGGAGAAGAUAGCGAAUCUGGAGGAAUCAUUUUCAAAUGCGCAAGACGAUAUAAAGGGGCUCACCAACAGAGCAGCUAAAGCAGAAACAGAAACGGAGAAUCUUAAGCAAGAGCAAAGUAGACUGCAUUCUGAGAAGGAAGCUGGCUUAGCACAGUACAAUCAAUGCCUUGAGAUGAUAUCUGCUCUAGAGAAGAAGGUUAGAGAGGCGGAGGAGAAUGCUCAACUGUUUAGUAAUCAGUCUGCAAAAGCAGAGGAUGAGAUUAAAGCAUUGAGACAUGAACUUCUGAAGGUAAAUGAAUCGAAGGAAGGGUUGAGUCUUCGGUACCAGCAGUGUUUGGAAACUAUAUCUAAGCUAGAGAGAGAAGUGUCUCAUGCUCAAGAAAACGCCAAAAGACUGAGCAGUGAAGUUUUAGCUGUAGCUGCAAAAUUGAAGACUGUAGAGGAUCAGUGUACUCUUUUGGAGAGCUCAAACGAAACUUUAAAGCUAGAAGCAGAUGGUCUAACGCACAAGUUAGCAGUUAAGGAUCAAGAACUUUUCAAGAAGCAGGACGAGCUUGAAAAGUUUGAAGCUUUAAUCCAGGAUGAGCACUCUCGGUUUCUAGAAAUCGAAGCCAGCCUUAGAAGUUUGAAAAGCUUGCAUUCUCAGUCACAAGAGGAACAAAAGGUUCUCACUUCUGAGAUUCAAAGCAGGGUUGACAUGUUGAGGGACUUGGAGACUCGUAAUCAGAAGUUGGAAGGAGAGAUCAGCUCAGUUAAAGAAGAGAACCGGAACUUAAGCCAACUAAGUGACUCUUCUAUGAUCUCCCUAGAGACUCAGAAAUGCGAGAUUUCUAGCUUGAGGGAGGUGAAAGGAAACCUCGAGGAAGAAGUUGCAAAGCAAAUCAACCAAAGCAGCGCCCUUCAAGAAGAGAUCCGUCGUCUGAAGGAUGAAAUCAACAGCUUAAAUAAGAGGUAUCAAGCAAUAAUGGAGCAAGUGAAACUCGCGGGAUUGGAUCCCGAGUCUUUUGCCUGCUCCGUGAGGAAGCUACAAGAUGAGAACUCAAAGCUGACUGAGUUGUGCAACCACCAGAGAAAUGAUAAAGAUGCUCUUACUGAGAAGCUGCGUGAAAUGGAUAACAUUCUAAGGAAGAAUGUUGGUCUAGAGAAAUUGCUUCUGGAAUCAAACACCAAACUAGAUGGUUCUAGGGAGAAGACGAAUGAUCUGCAAGAAAGAUGUGAGUCUUUACGAGGAGAGAAAGCCGAGUUUAUCGCUGAGAGAGCUAACCUGCUUUCUCAGUUGCAAAUCAUGACUGAGAAUAUGCAGAAGCUCUUGGAAAAGAAUUCGUUAUUGGAGACAUCUCUUUCUGGUGCAAACAUUGAGCUUCAAGGUGUAAAGGAGAAAUCAAAAUGCUUUGAAGAAUUCUUCCAGUUGCUCAUAAACGAUAAGGCUGAGCUUACAAAGGAAAGAGAAUCUCUCAUCUCUCAGUUAAAUACAGUUAAGGAGAAGCUAGGGGUUUUGGAGAAGAAGUACACGGAAUUGGAAGGAAGAUAUGCUGAUCUACAGAGGGACAAACAGUUCAAAAAUCUUCAAGUGGAAGAGCUAAGAGUCUCACUCGCCACUGAGAAGCAAGAGCGUGCUAGUUACGAAAGAUCCACUGACAGCAGAUUAGCAGAUCUUCAGAGUAACGUGAGCUUCCUUCGAGAAGAGUGCCGCUCCAGGAAAAAGGAGUUUGAGGAAGAGCUUGACAGAGCUGUAAAUGCGCAAGUCGAGAUCUUCAUCUUACAAAAGUUCAUAGAAGACUUGGAGCAGAAGAACUUUUCUCUCUUGAUGGAGUGCCAGAAAUAUGAAGAGGCGUCAACGUUUUCAGAGAAACUCAUUUCGGAGCUGGAAAGCGAGAAUCUUGACCAACAGAUGGAAGCAGAAUACUUGUUGCAUGAGAUUGAUAACUGCAGGAGUGCAAUCUAUCAAGUGUUCAAGGCACUUCAACUUGAAGCAGAUUCCAAAACAGCUGACCAGAAGAUUGCGAAAGAGCGUAUUCCAGUUUCACGCAUCUUGGUUGGGAUUAAUGAGCUAAAACGUUCACUUUCCGGAGCUGAAUAUGAGAAGCAGCGGCUUGUGAUUGAGAACUCUGUCCUGCUAUCUCUACUUGGACAGUUUCAGUCAGAUGGCAUGAAGGUGGAAUCAGAGAAACAAAAUGUAGAGAAAGAUCUGGAGACAAUAGUACACCACUAUGAAAUGCUGAAUAAGGACAGGCUCGAGCUAUUGGAGAUGAACCAGCAGUUGAAAUCAGAACUGAUCGACAGAGAGCAGCGGGAGCUAGAGCUAAGAGCUGAACUACAAACUGAGCGUUUAAAGUUUGAGAGUUUGCAUGAGUCAUACAUGGCUUUGCAUCAAGAUUACUCAAAUGCUCUUCACAAAAACAAAACUUUGGAUCUGGAAUUUUCAGAGCUUAAAGAUGAGAUGUGUAUACUGGAGGAAGAGAACAAUGCUGUUCUUCAGGAAGCUGUUGCCUUGAGCAACAUGUCUGUGGUUUACCAGUCCUUUGGGUCUGAAAAAGCUGAGCAGGUUGAAGCUUUUGCUGAAAGUCUGACUAUUGUACAAGAUAGUAAUAAGGUGCUGAAGCAGAAGGUUGAGACACUCGAGGAGAAGUUAACAGGGAAAGAGGUGGACAGUCAAGAGCUUAACAGCAAGCUGGAAAAGUUACAGGAAAGCCUCGAAGAAUCCAAUGAGCUUAAUGAUCUCUUAGAACAUCAAAUUUCAGAUCAAGAGGAAAUAUUGAAACAGAAGGCGAUGGAGCUCCUAGAAGCCGAAGAGAUGCUCAAGGCUACACACAAUGCUAAUGCGGAGCUGUGCGAAGCAGUUGAAGAGCUGAGGAAAGAUUGUAAAGAAUCAAAGCAGCUGAGAAGAAAUUUAGAGAUGCGGAUUUCAGAACUGUUUGACCUUGGUGAGAGACAGGAGGAAGAGAUUAAAAAGCUUAGCAAUAUGAAGGAGAACUUGGAGUCAGAGGUGGAGUUGUUACACAAGGAAAUACAAGAACAGCGAGUUCGAGAGGAGUUCUUGAGUUCGGAGCUGCAGGAGAAGAGCAAUGAGUUUGGACUUUGGGAUGCGGAGGCAACGUCUUUCUACUUUGAUCUACAGAUCUCAGCUGUCCGUGAAGUCUUGCUUGAGAACAAAGUUAAGGAACUCACGGGAGUUUGUGAGAAUCUCAAAGAUGAAGCUGUCAUAAAGACCACAGAGGGCGUACCGAAUGAUGAGCAUCCAGAAGCAGUAGUCUCUCAAGAGCAUGUUGGACAUAGAAGUACCAACCAAGACAAUGGAAUUGUGCUUUUGCAGGACAUGAAAUCAAGAAUUAAAAUCAUACAGCAAGCAGUUGUUGAGGAAAAGAAGAGGCUUGGAAAGCAGAGAAGACGAGGCUCCUCGCACAGAAGCAGCAGAGACCGCAGGCUAUUUGAAGAGAUUGAACUUGAGGACAAGUUCUCUGGUGAAAUCAGAAAGCCUAGAUCACCUGCGAUGACUGAGAUGAGAAAUGGUUCAUUGAUGAAAGACAUCCCCCUUGAUCAUGUUGCAGACUCUCCGUUCUGUGGAAGAAGCCGGAGAACUAGUCGUGGCUCCAAUGACCAGAUGCUUGAGUUAUGGGAAGAAUCUGCUGAACCAGAAUCAAGCAUCAAGUCUCUGAUGAACAGUAAAAUCUCAAAGAAGCCUAUCAUUCCCCGUCUCCACCGCAGAAGCAGGAAUCCCUCUAUCGAAUCACAGUCUGAGAAAGUGGUUGGAGUUGUUGACAAGUUAGAGUUAUCAAGAAGCAUUGAGGACAAUGCCAAGAUCAUGGAGAGACUUUUGUCUGAUUCUCGAAGACUGGCGAGCCUUAGAAUCAGCCUAAGAGACCUGAAAAGCAAGCUGGAGAUGAACGAGAAGCAAGGGAAGUUCACUAACCCCGAUUUUGCUAGAGUGAGGAAACAGCUGAAAGAGAUAGAAGAAGCCAUCUUUCAGCUUUCAAACACAAACGAGAUUCUUUCCAAGGAGAUUGAGGAGACCGGAGACGUCAGAGAUAUCUACAGAAAGGUGGUUAUUGAGAAGUCAAGAAUCGGAUCCGAGAAGAUAGAGCAGAUGCAGCAAGAAAUGCAGAGCGUUGAGCGAACAGUGCUAAAGCUUGAAGAUGGAGCAGCCAAAAGCAACGGAAAGAAAAAGUUCUCUGAGAGUAGGACAGUGAUACUUUUGAGAGGCAUCAUCCACAAAGGUGGGAAAAGGACAGCGAGAAAGAAGAAGAACCGUUUCUGCGGCUGCAUGAGAUCUUCGGCUAAAGAAGAGUAG